UUGCAGCAUUCUACUUCACACAGGAGAGGAGCUUGGAAUGGAAAAAGAUCGAGUGUUACUCUUGGAUGAGACAGUAGUUCCUGCAUCAAUGACACAACUUAGACAGAGGCUCAAGCAUGUGGACCCUUCUGCAUAUUUCCCACUCAUUGAGGAGGAUGAUCCAUCCUCCAGAUAUGCUCUUCUCGACACCGCGGACCUUCCCUUGACAAUUAGAGAGACAACUGUGGAUUACCAGUUCCACAGAAUUGUCCUGUUUCAAAGACUUAUGGAGGGUUAUCCUUACACAAGAGAUCGUAUAGUACGAGAAGCGAGAAUAGACAUUCCCCCUUUUCUUAGAGGGAAGAUAUGGGCGGCAAUUUUAGGAAUUCAGGGUGAUAUCCAAGGUACAUAUGACGCUAUUGACAAGGAGUCUUUCACUCAAACAGACAGACAGAUUGAAGUCGACAUUCCCCGAUGCCAUCAGUAUGACGAACUACUGUCUUCACCCACAGCUCAUGAGAAGUUUAAGAGGAUUUUAAAGGCCUGGGUUGUGUCUCAUACUAGCUUGGUCUAUUGGCAAGGUCUGGAUUCUCUCUGCGCGCCUUUUCUUUCACUCAAUUUCAACGACGAAGCUCUUGGAUACGCUUGUCUGGCUGCGUUUAUUCCCAAAUAUCUUCAUAAUUUCUUUUUGAAGGACAAUUCAGCCAUUAUACAAGAAUAUUUGGCAGUGUUUUCUCAGCUGAUCGCCUUUCAUGAUCCUGAGCUUUUUAACCAUCUCCAUGAAAUCGGAUUUAUCCCAGAGUUGUACGCAAUUCCAUGGUUUCUCACUAUGUUCUGCCACGUGUUUCCUCUUAAAAAGAUAUUUCACCUUUGGGACACUCUGUUGCUAGGCAACUCAUCCUACCCACUGUGUAUUGGUGUCGCUAUACUGGAGCAGCUACGUGAGCAGCUACUGUCGUUUGGUUUCAACGAAUGUAUCCUUCUGUUCUCUGAUAUGCCAGGAGUCGACAUUGAUCGAGUGGUGCGAGACGCCAAGAGGAUUUUCUGUAACACUCCGCGUACAGCUUCAAUGAGACGACAUGACAGAAUGUAUUACGAUCCAAAUGUAAAACAUGAGAAAGAGUUUAUUCCGCUAUCACAGCUCAAAGCUGAAAUCUGUCCCCGGAUAUCCGCUCAAGAUCUCGUUCACAUUUGUGAAUUGGACGAAAACGGAAGUGCCAGAGGCCCAAGAAAAACCAAGCCUCGUGGUCUAACCGUUGAUGUCAGGCCGGCGGAGGAAUUCGCAUGCGGCCAAAUUCCCGAGAGUGUCAACAUUCCUUACAAUCAGGCGUUCCUUGAAGAGGGUGGACUGGCUCCAUCACCGGCGGCAAAUACACUGAUCAGCUUCAAAGGAAGAGUGAUUAUUGUUGCGGGAAAUCGUAAUAAUUACCCUGCUAAGGUCGGUACCGAGCUUGUUCAACUUGGAUUUUCGAGGGUUUGUGUCUUGGAAGAACCAGGUUUGACAAUUCUUCGCACUCGCGGACAUCUCACGGUUCCAACUUGAGUAGCUGUGGACACGUUUGACUUGGAAUUCUCGUCUUCGACAAAGUUUCAAAAACCCGCCCUACUUCCUUGAGGACAUUUUCAGCCUUCGGUGUGGUAGCUCUCACUCAGUGAAAAUGUUUACGUGAGCAUGAGUCGUUGCGUAGUGCUAAGGAGAGUUACGUUAUCGAUAAAAAUUUCAGGCUCAGUACUUGGAUAUCGAAAUUAGUCGAACGGAAAGUAAAAAUAGCUCUGUAAUAGUUAUGUUAGACACUUUAUUGAGAUUAAAAAUAUCAUUUUCUCGA